AAGACGUGUAGUUUGCCACAUAGUACGCAGAACUGUGUGCAGGGCUCUGAGGCUGCGAAGUCUUGAGUCUUCAUAUGUUUUGGGGGAACAGUCAGGGCUGGCACCAUCAGAAACUGAGACCACCAGCAUCCUUUAUUGCUCAUGACCACAAGAAUGAAGCGAUGGAGUGAGAAACAGGAACAAGUACAGUGGGCCUGUGCCUAAGAUCAAUGGCUGCAAAGCCUUGCGAGAAAUGCCAUGUGAGGUCACUGUGCUGAGAACAGAGAAGCUGAGGUAUGGAACAGGUACAAAUGGAGGGCCCCCUGCGAGUCCUGACGACUGCAUGCUCUGCAGAAGAUCUGUCCUCAGCCAGAAGUGACAGGAGAAUGAAUUUUGUGUAUCAGACAGCAGUGUAUGUUCACAAAACUGGAAGUAUGACCUGUUGAACCCAGCGGCCUUUCCUAGGCAUUCUUGAGAAAUGUUCACUGCUUGCUGGAAUGCCCUUGGUCUGGGGAAAGUGAGUUCAGGCUGUGGUGGAGUAAGAACAGUUUCCUAGGAAUUGUUCCCAGAAGUCUUUCAGCCCUAAAUAGCUCUCUACUCCAGACAGAGACCUCUUAGUCAAAUGUGAGGAAUCACCCUUGUGCUCAUACAAAAUAUGUUCUGCUAUCCCUUAAAUGGAGACGCAGUAUCAUUCGUUUAGAGAUGACAGCCUAUAUCCUCCAAGCAAAUUUUGGGGAGUACCUGUGCCUAUGCCAGACAUGUAUGCCCAAAGGGAAUAUAUAAUUCUAGCAUCACAUUGUCGUGAUGCCAACUAAGGUGCCAACAACAGAAACCGCAGCCCUGACUUACCGAAGCUGAUGCCAGAGAAGACGAUUGAUUGCUUCCCCGAGGCGACUUUCUGUGACAGCUGGGGGUGGCACACGGUAACGCUACGAAGCAGCUCUGGGAUGAAGAGCUCCCUUGGGGAGAGCGCGGCCGCAGCAUGUAGCUUUGCGCGGGGCUCUGGGCUGCUACGAGCGGCGGCAGUGGCGGCGCGGGGACUCCGGGUGCCGCUGUUGCCCGAUGCGAAGCGCCGCAGCAGCCGCCGCCGCCGCCGCCGCCGCAGACGGAGCCGGAGCCGGAGCCGGAGCCGCCGCAGCCUCCCGCGGGGCGGCUGCUCGCUCGCGCAGUGCCCGCCUCGGAGCCGGAAGAGCGGAGCGGAGCAGGGGCGGACUGGGUCUCGCCGCGCCGGUCGACCUGUGAGCCAGCUGCGGGGGAUCUGCAGAGCAGGGCGGCGUCGGAGGACGGGAGGCGAGGCGCAGCGAAGGCGGCGAGCGGCGGGGAUGGGAGCGAGGCAGGGAGCGCAGCGGCGGGCAGCAGCCAGGCACGUCGCGCUGCUGGCCGUGCUGCUGCCGGUGUGCUGCCGGGCGGCGCCGGAGCGGCUGCACUAUGCGGUUCCCGAGGAGACGGGCAGCGGCUCCCUGGUGGGGCCGCUGGCGCGGGACCUGGGGCUGAGCCCGGCAGACCUGCCGGCGCGGCAGCUGCGGCUGGUCUCGGCGGCUAAAAGGCAGCUGAAACACUUCGCGGUGGGCGCGGAGAACGGGCACCUGUACGUGAGCGAGAGGCUGGACCGGGAGGAGAUGUGCGGCGACUCCGCGUCCUGCUCGGUCAGUUUCGAGGUGGUGCUGCAGAACCCGCUCAACGUUUUCCACGUCGACGUGGCCAUCCAGGACAUCAAUGACAACUCGCCGGUCUUCAGCAAGGCAGCUCUCGAUCUGGAGAUCGGGGAAUUGAUGCUUCCUGGUGCGCGGUUUCCGCUGGAGAUGGCGCAAGAUCCGGAUGUGGGAAGCAACUCGCUGCUCAGCUACCAGCUCACUGACAGCCCCUCCUUCUCGCUGGCGGUGAAGGAGAGCCCGGAUGGAAGCAGGCAGCCCGAGCUGGUGUUAGAAGCAGCUUUGGAUCGUGAGAAGCAGAGCUCCUUCCAGAUGGUGCUGACGGCGGUGGACGGCGGGUCUCCGGCGAGGUCGGGCACGGUGCAGAUUCGCAUCAACGUGACAGACGCGAAUGACAACGCGCCCGUGUUCAGCAAAAGCGCCUACGAGGCGCGAGUGCGGGAGAACGCGCCGGCGGGGUCGCUGGUGCUGCGGGUGCGAGCCACGGACGCGGAUGCGGGCUCCAACGGCCGCGUCUCCUACGCCUUCAGCAACGUGCCCGAGGCUGUCCGCGCUGUCUUCAGCAUAGACAGCGACAGCGGCGACAUCCGAAACGAAGGGACUCUGGAUUUCGAGGAGAGGAAUAGAUACAGCUUCGGCGUGGAAGCGAGGGACGGGGGCGGGCUCAGCGGUCACUGCAAAGUCCUCGUAGAGGUCACAGACGAGAACGACAACGCGCCCGAGAUAACGACGCUGUCGGUGUCGAGCCCGGUGCCCGAGGACUCCCCGCCCGGCACCGUCGUCGCCCUCGUGAACGUGCACGACGCGGACUCUGGCGACAACGGGAAGGUGCGGUGCGAGCUGGAGGGCGAGUCGCCGUUCGCCAUCGUGGCGUCGUCGGGCAGCUCGUACAAGGUGGUGACGGCGAGCGCGCUGGACAGGGAGCGGGCGGCCGAGCACAACGUGACGGUGGUGGCGAGCGACGGCGGGAGCCCGGCGCUCUGCAGCCGCACGACGCUGGCGCUGGCCGUGUCGGACGUGAACGACAACGCGCCGGUGUUCGAGGAAGCGGCCUACAGCGCCUACGUGGCGGAGAACAACGCGGCGGGCGCGGCGGUGCUGCGCGUCCGCGCGCGGGACGCGGACGCGGGCGCCAACGGGCGCGUGAGCUACUGGCUGGCGGGCGGCAGCGCGGGCGAGGCGGCGGCGGCGCCCUACGUGUCGGUGGAGGCGCGGAGCGGCGCGCUGUACGCGCAGCGCUCCUUCGACUACGAGCAGUGCCGCGAGUUCGCCGUGGAGGUGAGGGCGCAGGACGGCGGGUCGCCGGCGCGCAGCUCGACGGCGACGGUGCGCGUCUUCGUGCUGGACCUCAACGACAACGCGCCGCAGGUGCUGUGGCCGGCGGCGGCGGCGAGCCCCGGCGCGGGCCCGUUCGAGGUGGUGCCGCGGUCGGCCGAGGCGGGCUACCUGGUGGCCAAGGUGGUGGCGGUGGACGCGGACGCGGGGCGCAACGCGUGGCUGUCGUACGAGCUGCUGCAGGCGACGGAGCCGGCGCUCUUCCGGCUGGGGCUGCACAGCGGCGAGGUGCGGACGGCGCGGGCCGUGUCGGAGCGCGACGCGGCCCGGCAGCGCCUCGUGGUGGUGGUGAAGGACCACGGGCAGCCGGCGCUGUCGGCCACGGCCACGCUGCACGUGGUGCUGGCCGAGAGCUUGCAGGAGGCGCUGCCGGCGCUGAGCGAGCGGGCGGCGGGCGCCGAGUCGCCGGCGGAUUUGCAGUUCUACCUGGUGCUGGCGCUGGCGCUGCUCUGCGCCUUGUUCGUGCUGAGCGUGGCGCUGGCCGUGGCGGCGCGGGUGCGGCGCGCCGGGCCGCCCGCCGUCCUGCGCUGCCUGGGCGCCGAGCGCUUCGCCGCCGCCGGCCCCGCCUUCCCGGCCGACUUCUGCGAGGGCACCUUGCCCUACUCCUACAACCUGUGCGUGGCGCCGGGCCGCGCCGUCGCCGAGUGCGCCUUGCUGCCGGCCCCGCUCCCCAGCCGCGCCGUCGACGAUCUUCUCAGCGGCGACCCGCCCGCGAUGCUGACGCCCAGCAGCAGCCGUGCCCCGGCAGAGCCGCCGUCGCACCCCGACGCAGUGCAGCAAGCUCAGCCUAACACAGAUUGGCGCUUCUCUCAGACCCAGAGACCUGGAACUAGUGGCUCUCAGAAUGGAGAGGAAGGUGGAGCUUGGCCAAACAACCAGUUUGACACAGAAAUGCUUCAAGCUAUGAUCCUGGCUUCAGCAAACGCAGAAGCUGCUGAUGGGAACUCGACUCUGGGUGGAGGAACAGGCACCAUGGGCCUGAGCGCCAGGUAUGGCCCCCAGUUCACCCUGCAGCACGUCCCCGACUACCGGCAGAAUGUGUACAUCCCGGGCAGCACCGCCACGCUCUCCAACUCCUCAGGUAAACGUGACACCAAGAACGCAGGCUCUUCCGGCGGGAACAAGAAGAAGUCGGGGAAGAAGGAGAAGAAGUAGAGUUGACAAGAGACCAUCUGCAGCUUAGAUCUACAGGGCAGACUGCUCCAGCACUCCCCCAAAUCACAGCCUAGGAUGGAGGACGAAUGUGAAUCUUGUGAUGCUAAAGUAGGAAAAACUACGAAUGUAUAUCAUCAUCAGAGCUAGGAGUAGGGUCUCGCUACUGUUAGAUCUCAUGAUGAAAAUCAAUCUGGAAAAAAAAACUAACAAAAACAAGUGCCCUGUUAAUACUAGCUAAUAUUUUAUACAAUCCCUCGGGUAUUAGAAUAUGCAAGGGUGGAAGGUCUUUUAAUCAUGUCUUUGGAUUCGAUUUGCUCCCAGAUAGUCUGAGAAAGGCACAAGGCUUGUGCUUGGCUUCGUCCAGUGUAAAUAAUUUAACAUGAUUUUUUUUUAAUUUAUAGACCUUUGAUCAUGUUUGAAAGGAGAAAGAAAGUUCCUAGGUUAGAGCCCAUGUUCAAGAUUUUGCAGUUUAUCUUUCCAUUAGUAAAAUUCACCUUGAGCUAUUUAUGGAUUUCCUGCUAAGAAGUUGGUAGGGAGUGCUUCAGUUCCUGUUUACCUGUUAUCCUAAAAAAAGUAAGUGUUUAUAUUGCAUGAGUCAAAGGGAAUAUGGUAAAGCUGCAUCCUAAACAUUUAUUUUUUUUAAGUGCAACCAGUGAUGGCCUGAAAUAAGAGACAGAAAGUCACGAUGUCUGAGAGACAGGGAAUUCAAUCUAACUGCAGUGGAAGAGCGUGCCACUCUCUACUGAGGUGUACAAAAGCUGUCCUAAUGAUUCUAGAGGUCUCUAAAGAGCAGACACAUCUCAUCCGUUCUUUGCAGUAAAUAUUUAUAUGUACAGUAAAUGUUUUUCUGGAAUUAAAGUUAAGAAAGUCUUAAUUUCCUGCUGAGAGACUGGAGCUGCAGCUCCUUCAAACAUAGCCAUGUCCUUACCAAGGGCUUGUGCUAUUGGAGUAAGCUCCAAUCUGCUUGUAGGGAAUGGAGACAAUGCUUCACAUUUCUGCACAUCAGUCUGCAUGCAAAUUACUCACUUCACAUCUACAGUAGAGCAGUUAACUCCACGGACCUAGACAAGUCAUCGCAUGCCUAUGCAGCAUGGUAUAAAUACAUGGGCAGAUAAACAAGUCUAAGUGCAGACUGAGCAGUGUCUAUCUAGGAGUAGGGUUCAGUAAUAUGAGAUGGGGAGAGUCGGGAGAGCCACUGCUCCCAAAUGGGGCGUUGAUGAGAUCUGCAGAGGUGCCAGUGAACAGCCUUGGUUCCUUGGCCUUCAGAAUUGGCUACUAAGUGACAGUUGGUUUGGUGGCACCUGGUGACCAGACCUGGGUCAGGGACCUGAGAACUGGAAAUGAGUGUGUGGUGUUGACUGCAAAGCCAGUGAGCCUGGGGAUGGCCCAUGUUGGUCAGAGACUGAGAGGAAGGAUUCUGGCUUGUUGCGGGGGUUGUGUGUGACCACACAGCACCCAGGCAGGUAGAUGGGACUUAACCCAGGUCAGACCUGCAGCUUGGACAGUUUGUUUUUGGUGUUACCACUGGCUUUGGGAUUUCCACCACACAGCUGGAGCAGAAGGAUCAGGAACAGGAUUUCUGCACUAUGUGCCCUUCACAUCUCUGCCCCUUCUCCCGCUGGUAUAAACGCAGCAAAGAGAAGGUGCCUUGUGCCCUCCACACCACGUCAGCCUGGCCUUAGGUCCUCUGGUGUGCCUCGCCGGCUACCAGGGCUGCUGCCCCUCCUGCCCCGAGUGUACAGCCUUUCGCCAGGCCAACCUCCCCAUCAAAGCUGUUGACUGGGACCUGGGAAGGCAGACGGGGGCAUUUUUCCAGUGAGAGGGCAAAGGAGAAGGGGUGCGGAGUCGGGGAUGAGGUAGCCAUGCCAGAGUCAGCUUGAAUUUCUGGGGGAGGUUAGUUUGGGUUUUUGUUUUGUUUUGUUUUGUUUUUUUCUCUUUUAAUCACUAACCUGUAGCUCACCUGAGCAGAUGUAGCCUCCUCUGCUCAGCUCUGGGGAAGCGUCGGCGCAGCCGGCGACGCAGCCCAGCCGCCCGUAGCGCUCCACGGGGUGCCGGGCCCCGAUUGCUCUCGCCCUACGCCCAGAGAAGCAGGACCAGCUGGUGGGAGGAACCUGUCUGCAUAUGAUUUUUUGUACUGAUCCCAGUCACCUCCUGUGGUGGCUGCACUAGAAACAGUUUACAUGAUUAGUAAGGCUUACACAAUCUCAUGUAGUUAUUACAUGGCCCUUCUAGAAAUACUGUAGAUGAAUCGUAGUGUUUAUAUUUCUUUUUAUUCUGCAAUCUGAGGUAGAGUAGUGAGUGUUGUGUAUUUAGUGGCGUGUUAUUUUUAUCUCAGUAACUAACUUGUGGACACCAGUAUUUUCAAUUUCUCUGUACCUUCUUUCCAUGUGGUCUGUGCUCUGAGUGUACCUGAAAUGAAACACGUUUGCCCUUUCAAUGUGUCUAAUAUUGAAUUAUACUUAUAUAUUAUAUAUAUGCUUAUAUCCUUCUUAUACCCAUAUAGACCAAUGUCAAUGUGUUACACGCAAGUUUUAUACUCUAAUAUUUAUAUUGCUUUUUUCUUUGGGAAAAAAAAUAAUAAAAUGGUUUCUUCUGAA